AUGAAUCAAAAUAUCACAGCAACUCCAAUGUGCAUAUCUAGAAAUCCAUCUCGACCAAUCACAUUUGACUUCAAAGAUCUUUUAGCCAAUGGUAAAUCUGAGAGAGAUUAUUGGGAGCCAGUAAUUGGUUUGGAGAUCCACGCGCAGAUCUCAUCAAUCAGCAAAUUAUUCUCCCGUGUUGGUACCAGAUAUGGAGCUCCUCCAAACACUCAAGUUGGCAUAUUUGAAUCAGCUCACCCAGGAACCUUACCAGUCCUGAAUAAGAGGUGUGUUGAAGCAGGAAUAAAGACAGCUUUGGCCUUUGGAGCUACUGUCAACAAAAUAUCUCUUUUUGAUCGCAAGCAUUAUUUUUACCCAGAUCUUCCGGCUGGUUACCAGAUCACUCAACUAGAUUAUCCACUAGCAAGCAAUGGCAGAUUAGAAUUCAUCGUCUUAAACUCUUCUCUCCAUAAACAUCCAUACCGACAUUCAGUUGAUUUGUUGCAACUUCAGCUUGAGGAGGACAGUGGCAAAAGCAUUCACGACAAGGAUAAUAAUAGGGUACUUGUGGAUCUUAAUCGUGCAGGUCAACCACUGAUGGAACUUGUAUUUGCCCCUGGGUUACGUAAUGGUGAAGAGGCUGCUGCCAUGGUUAAAGAAGUUGCCCUUAUCCUCACUAGAAUAGGAACUUGUAAUGGACGAAUGCAUGAGGGAGCUCUUCGAGUAGAUGCUAAUAUAUCAGUUCACAGACCUGAUGAGCCGCUGGGAACCAGGACUGAAGUGAAGAACCUCGGUUCCAUUGGGUCUCUGCUGAAAGCAGUUGACUACGAGAUUCAGCGGCAGAUUGAUAUUUUGGAAUCCGGCGGCAAUGUGACUAGUGAAACUCGUAGUUUUGAUACACAUACUCAAGAAACCAUCAGCAUGAGAGAUAAAGAAGUUAUCCAGGACUACCGCUUCAUGCCUGAGCCAAACUUGCUUCCACUCCGUCUGCAUGAUUCCUCAGAACCCAAUUGCCAAUAUGAUGGCUCACUUGAUAUCAGUAAAGUUCGUGCUAAAAUACCAGAGCUACCUGAAGCUACUAGACAAAAACUGAUAAGGGAUUAUGGACUCUCACUAGAGAAUGCAUUUUUGCUUGCUAGUAAGGAUGAUCUUUUGGACUACUUCAUGGCAGUGAUGUCAAAUACUAAGAGAAGUUCCAAACUCGUUUGUAACCUCUUGCUUAAUAACCUACUGGAAGCUCUAAACAGCAUCAAUACAGACAUUACAAACAGUCCACUUUCAGCAUCAGCCUUUGGUGAAAUUGUCGACCUACAGCAGAGUUGCAGAAUCGUAACUAAUAUAUCCCAGCAAGUGAUCAGUGCCAUAUGCAUUGAGAGAGACUCACGGUCGCCUACUCAGAUUGUGCUUGACAAUAACUGGCUGCAGCUUUCUAAUGAUGUCAUGGAGGAAAUUGUUGAAAAGAUUUUGGCUGAUAACUUGGAGUUGGUUGAAAAAUACAAAAAAAGUAAGAAGAAGAAGCUGUUGAAUGCCUUGAUGGGAAAGAUUAACAAAGCCUCGGACAACAGAGCAAACAUGAAAAUUGUAAAUGAUGUUCUUCUGAAGAAGUUGAGCUCUUAGUUAUUUUUUGCACUGAAGUAAAUGUCAGGAAAUAGUAUGUUGUUAGAAUUAUAAGUUAAAAUUUUGCAUAAUUGGUCAUAAUGUCUGGCAACAUCUGAGCCAUGAUUAAUUGUAUAAAGAGAUUAAAGCAGUGGUGCUAAUAAUAGUAUAAUUAUUGAUAUAUAAAUGGAAAAUAUCAAGAGGCAAGUGAACCCUUCUGUAUAAAUUACUAAAUUUAAAAAGAAAAACUUUCAUUUUUUUGUUUUGGGCCACCCUGCCUCGGUGGGAUACCGCCAGUUUGUUGUAAUAAAGAAGAAAGAAAUGGAAAAUAUACUGUAUAUUAAAAAAAUUACCUAGU